AUGGUCCGCCAACUAAAACACCACGAGAAAAAACUUCUCCGCAAAGUAAACUUCAACACCUACAAAACCGAAAACAACCACCGCGAACAAUCCAUCCGCGCCCGCUACUAUCUCCAAGGCACAAAUGACUACACCAAAUACAACCAACUAUGCGGCCACCUGCGCAGCCUGGCACACAAGCUCAGCGCGCUGGACCCCGCGGACCCGUUCCGCAAGAAGCUCGAGAGCGAGAUUCUCGAGAAGCUGUGGGCGAUGGGCAUUCUGAAGCAGAGCCGUGAGCAAGGGAAUGGCCUGUCGGCGGUGGAGAGGCAGGUGACUGUUUCGGCAUUCUGUAGGCGGCGUUUGGGCGUGUUGAUGGUGCGCAGUGGCAUGGUGCAGGAUGUGAAGACGGCGGUUAGUUUGAUUGAGCAAGGGCAUGUCCGCGUUGGGACGGAGGUGGUCACUGAUCCUGCAUAUCUCGUCACACGCAACAUGGAGGACUUUGUGACCUGGGUCGACUCGAGUAAGAUCAAGAGGUCGAUUAUGAAGUAUCGUGAUAAUAUGGAUGAUUUCGAUUUGAUGGUUUGA